AUGGCUGAAAUGUCUGAUAUAUAUCUUGAUCCCCAAACCUACCGAAUUACAGUUUCCUCCUCAAACAAUGCCCAAUUCUCUCAAUUCACAAAAACUGUCCAACUUAAAAACUCUUCAGUUCAAACCCUUUUGUCAAUUGGUGGUGGAAACUCUGAUAAGGCAGCUUUUGCUUCAAUGGCAAGCAAUUCUGCUUCUCGGAAAACCUUUACCGAUUCAUCGAUAAACUUGGCCAGAUCUUAA